AUGCAGCGCGUACAUGACCACUUGUUGCUAGAGGAGGAGUACGUCGAAAACAUGGAGCGUCUGCGCAAGACUAAGGCUCAAGCGACGCAAGAUCCCGUCAGCCGGGGUGAGUUUGACAUCACGGAUCGGAACGCCGACGAGAGAGGCCGUGUCGACGAUAUGAGAGGCAGCCCCAUGGGAGUGGGUAACCUGGAGGAGUUGAUCGAUGAUGACCAUGCGAUCGUUUCGAGUGCCACGGGCCCCGAGUAUUACGUAUCCAUCAUGUCGUUCGUCGACAAGGAUUUGUUGGAGCCGGGCGCCAGUAUCCUCCUGCAUCACAAGUCGGUCUCGGUGGUCGGUGUGUUGACCGAGGAGUCCGAUCCCCUUGUUUCGGUGAUGAAAUUGGACAAAGCUCCUAGCGAGACUUACGCCGACAUUGGUGGUCUCGAGUCGCAAAUCCAGGAAGUCAGGGAGUCGGUGGAGCUGCCCUUGCUUCACCCGGAACUGUACGAAGAAAUGGGCAUCAAACCACCAAAGGGUGUCAUCCUCUACGGUGCUCCGGGCACGGGAAAGACUCUCCUCGCCAAAGCAGUGGCCAACCAGACGAGCGCUACCUUCCUCCGGAUCGUUGGUAGUGAGCUGAUCCAGAAGUACCUUGGUGAUGGGCCGCGUCUGGUGCGACAGAUCUUCCAGGUGGCUGCCGAGCACUCACCAUCAAUUGUCUUCAUUGACGAAAUUGAUGCCAUCGGUACCAAGCGGUACGAGUCCACUUCAGGCGGUGAGCGCGAAAUCCAACGGACCAUGCUGGAGCUUCUGAACCAGCUGGAUGGUUUCGAUGACCGUGGAGAUGUGAAGGUGGUCAUGGCGACGAACAAGAUUGAUACCCUCGAUCCUGCUUUGAUCCGCCCUGGCCGUAUUGACCGGAAGAUUCUAUUCGAGACCCCUGACCGUAACGAUGACGUCGACCUGGAUGAGUUCAUCAACCAGAAGGAUGAUCUGUCCGGUGCCGAUAUCCGCGCAAUUUGCACCGAAGCUGGGUUGAUGGCGCUGAGAGAGCGCCGCAUGCGGGUGCAGAUGGACGAUUUCCGUUCCGCCAGGGAAAGAAUCAUGAAGACGAAGCAGGACGGAGGCCCGGUGGAGGGGUUGUACUUUAUACGUGUUCGUUAUUCUUUAACCACUGCAACACGACUUCAGUUCAUAAUGGAUGGAUUCGACGAGGAAGCGUUCAAAAAGUUCUUCCCCACCAGUUUCGGCAAGCAGGAGAAGAAAGUCGAUGUCAGCUCCCAGAUAGAUCGUACGAAGCGGACAGACACGCCACCAGCCAAGUCCGACGGCGAAGCCGAAAAAGCAGGUUUGGUCAGCGCGGAAAACACCGACGUCGGCACUGGAGCUGGACAGGAGCUUCGGAGAGAUAAUGACAGCUCUAGCGAUGACAGCGACGACAAUUCGGACGAUUCCGACGACGAGGAUGAGUUUCCCGUGUCGCACGAUUUGACUAUCAAGACGCAUGAGCGCGCCGUGACCACCCUGACAGCCGACCCCGCUGGGGCGCGCUUGAUUACCGGAUCGACUGACUGCACCAUUAAGCUCCAUGAUUUUGCCUCAAUGACUCCAUCCACCGUGCGCGCCUUCAAAUCCGUCGACCCCUCAGCCAAGAAGCAGUCCGCCGCGCAGGAGGCGCAUGCCGUCCAUUACGCCGCAUUUAACCCGCUAUCGCCCAGCUAUGUGCUGGUGGUUUCCGCGACUGCGCAGCCUCGGAUCCUGAGUCGCGAUGGAGAUACAAUUACGGAGUUUGUCAAGGGGGAUAUGUACCUGCGGGACUUGAACAACACGAAAGGGCACAUCUCGGAGGCUACGGGCGGAGUAUGGUCCCCUACGGAUGAGAAUCUGUGCGCCACGAUAGGGUCCGACAGUACGGUGCGCAUCUGGGAUGCCAACAUGGGCCGGUCGCAGAAGGAGGUUAUUAUGCAUAAAUCUAGGGUGGCUGGAUCCGCUGGUCGGAGCAAGAUGACCGCUGUCGCAUGGGGCUCCCCGAAGCAGGGCGGCUCCAAUAUGCUGGUUGCGACGGCCUUGGACGGGAGUAUGAUGAUGUGGAGUGGGGAUGGGCCGUAUACACGGCCCAGCGCGGAAGUCCGCGAUGCCCAUGUCCGAGAUACCUGGACAAGUGGGAUAGAUAUCAGCGCGGAUGGGAGACUGGUGGUUACCAAGGGCGGCGACGAUACCAUCAAGCUUUGGGAUACGCGGAAGUUCAAACAACCCGUUACUACCGUGGCUCAUCCGUCGAGCUCCUUCCGGUACCCGUCGUCCAACAUUGUCUUUUCGCCCACCUCGGCGAACAUCCUGACGGGCUCAGAGACUGGGCAUCUGCACAUCUUGAACCCGGCGACGUUGAGGCCCGAGUUGGUGACGCCCGUCACCCCGGGUUCCCCGCUGAUCAGCGUCCUGUGGCACGAGAAGCUUAACCAAAUCAUCACGGGCUCCGGGAACUCCGAGACGCACGUUCUCUACAACCCUAACACAUCCACCAAGGGCGCUGCCAUGGUUAUGUCCAAGGCGCCCAAGCGCCGGCAUAUUGACGACGACCCGACCCUCACCAUGGACCUGACCCAAGGCCUAGCCGGCGAUUCCGUGGUUGUUGGAUCCAACGGUGUACCUCAUUAUAGCUCCGCGACCUGGUCGGCGCGGCAUCCGACCAUCGGCAUGACCGCCUCCGGUCGUCCCAAAGACCCUCGACGACCUCACAUGCCGCAGCAAACCCCCUUCGCGAAGUCCAAGCCGGAUGAAAAACAUAUUCGCGAGCAUGUCCCUCUCAGUUCCAUGCGGGACGAAGAUCCACGGGAGGCUCUGUUGAAGUAUGCGGAUAAAGCUGAGAAGGAUCCGAUCUUUACCAAGGCCUGGAAAGAAACACAGCCCACGACAAUUUAUCGGGAAAUCAGUGAUGAUGAAGAGGAGGAGGGACCAGAUAAGAAGAAGACAAGGCGGUAGCAUGAAGCACAGAGUACAUCAAAAAUGAGUAUGAUAUCUAAUUAUAUUGCGAUGAUAAGCGCGACUUUGGC